ACGCUUUCUUGUGUCAUCGGCAUGCAGCAUCUGCUACUGGUGGCAAGAAGAUGGCCACAGAGGCUUUGCACAGGAGAGAGUUGUGUUCCACAAAUCUCUGACAAAGAUUGUUCAUCUCAGAUCUAAUAAUUAGGCUCAUUCGGCCAUUAUAAUUUAGCUCGGGGAACCCAUUAACUUGUGGUAGAUGUUGGAUCACUGCUAAGGAGCAACAAGGAUUGAGAAGCACGUCCCACCCAUCCAUGCUGUGAUUCCCUAGACAAGAAGAAUACCAAGGCAACAGCUCCAUUCUGCUAGUCCUACACAAAGCUUAGAGAGCAACAUGUUCCUCAUGAAGCUCCGCAUGUCCUGCCUCCUCCUCUACUGGACUCUCCUCCUCUUGGCUUGCACCACCAAGCAAUCCGCCGAAGCUGCCUCCUUCAUCUACGCCGGCUGCUCGCCCAACAAGUAUGAUCCCAUCACCGCCUUCCAGAACCACCUCAACUCCCUCCUCACCUCCCUCGUCUCCGGGGCGUCGCUGGCAUCCUACAACAGCUACACCUCCGGCGACGACUCCGGCUCGCCCCCCGGCAUGGCCGCUUACGGCCUCUACCAGUGCCGGAACGACCUGAGCGCCGGCGACUGCUCCGCCUGCGUGCAGAGUGCUGUCAGCCAGCUCGGCCUGGUCUGCCCCGGCUCCUUCGCGGCCUCGCUGCAGCUGGACGGCUGCUUCGUGCGGUACAGCAACGAGGACUUCCUCGGCAAGCCCGACACCACCAUGGUGUACCGCAAGUGCAGCACGGUCACGAGCGGCGACGAGGCCUUCUUCCAGCGGCGGGACGACGUGCUGGCCGACCUGCAGAACGGGGUGAGCUUCCGGGUCAGCAGCUCCGGCACGGUGCAGGGCGUCGUGCAGUGCUUAGGCGACCUGAACGGGGCGGACUGCUCGGCCUGCCUGUCGCAGGCGGUGGGGCAGCUUAAGAAUGCGUGCGGGUCGGCGCUCGCGGCGGACGUGUACUUGGCUCAGUGCUAUGCCAGGUACUGGGCUUCCGGCCAUUACUUCCACACCUCUGCAGAUUACACAGAUGGUGAUGAUGACAUUGGAAGAAUUGUCGCAAUAAUAGUGGGCAUCUUGGCAGGGCUGGCCCUUGUUGUAGUCUUCCUUUCUUUUCUCAAAAGAGCAUGUUAGCCACCAUCUGAUGCUUCUCCACUGGGCUCGAGUGGGUGACUGCUUAGGUUCUAAGCUGAGGCCGAGGCACUCGAGAAACAAAAAGUGACAAACGGGAAGGUUCCAACUGCUGUAAGUAGGCUUUUGCUUCCACCGUUGUCAAGGAUGUCAGCUUACACAGACAAACAUGUCCUUUUUCUUGCACAAAGCCCAAAAACAGCAGCAAUUUAAAAAGAGAGAGAGAGAGAGAAAGAGAUAGAGAAAGAGAGAAUACUUGACUGUAGCAUGUUUUCUGUAAUCUCCAUCAAAGAUUUCUUCUUCUCCUCUGA